CAACCCUGAUUCUACUCAACAACCCCACUGCAUGUUGACACUUGACUGCGUCUGGAAAACAGCUGAGCAAAGACCAAACAACAACCAUCUAUCAGACUUUAGCUACUUAUAGAAGUAUACAAUCUGAACAUUGACCCGUAGCUUAACAUGGCACUUGAGGAAUAUUCACAAAGAAGCUAGCUAAUACAGUUAAUGCGAAGAGAAGAAAAAAAACGGAUUUGCAGUUUGGAAGAAACCAGGAAGAUGUUUGAGAAUUUCAAAGAAAGGUUGCAGACGGUGCAGCAAGAUUUCACAACGGGGAUGAAGACUCUGAGUGACAAAUCAAAGGAGGCCAAAGUAAAGCAGAAACACAGACAUGAACAUCUGACACAGUUUUCUGCUGGAGUAGAACUGCUCAGUCGGUAGGUGUUGCUCUCAUUGGAUAUAACUUUGGACCAGGCCCCACAGGUCUCUUUGGAUCAGGCUCCACAGGUCUCUUUGGACCAGGCCCCACAGGUCUCUUUGGACCAGGCCCCACAGGUCUCUUUGGACCAGGCCCCACAGGUCUCUUUGGACCAGGCCCCACGGGUCUCUUUGGACCAGGCCCCACAGGUCUCUUUGGACCAGGCCCCACAGGUCUCUUUGGAUCAGGCCCCACAGGUCUCUUUGGACCAGGCCCCACAGGUCUCUUUGGACCAGGCCCCACAGGUCUCUUUGGACCAGGCCCCACAGGUCUCUUUGGACCAGGCCCCACAGGUCUCUUUGGACCAGGUCCCACAGGUCUCUUUGGACUCAUUUGUAUAGAAGUAUACAAUCUGUAUACAAUCUGAACAUUGACCCGUAGCUUAACAUGGCACUUGAGGAAUAUUCACAAAGAAGCUAGCUAAUACAGUUAAUGCGAAGAGAAGAAAAAAAACGGAUUUGCAGUUUGGAAGAAACCAGGAAGAUGUUUGAGAAUUUCAAAGAAAGGUUGCAGACGGUGCAGCAAGAUUUCACAACGGGGAUGAAGACUCUGAGUGACAAAUCAAAGGAGGCCAAAGUAAAGCAGAAACACAGACAUGAACAUCUGACACAGUUUUCUGCUGGAGUAGAACUGCUCAGUCGGUACGAAGACACCUGGGUGACUCUCCACAGAAAAGCUAAAGACUGUGCGAAAGCUGGAGAGACAGUGGAUGGAGAGGUGGUGAUGCUGUCUGCACACUGGGAGAAGAGAAGAGCAGCAGUGGUGGAACUACAGGAACAACUACAGCAGAUCCCAGGCUUCCUCACAGACCUGGAGACGUGCACCAACCGCAUCGCCCACCUGGAGGCAGACUUUGAGGAGCUGGAGAGCCGGCUGAUGUACCUGGACAACCUGUGUGGUCAGUGUGAGCAGCAGCGUUUCAGACACUUCCAGGUCCUGCAGCUGGAGAACUACAAGAAGAAAAAGAGGAAAGAGCUGGAGUCUCUCAAAGCCGAGCUGGACUCUGAGCACGCCCAGAAGGUGCUGGACAUGGAGCACGCCCAGCAGGGGAAGCUGAAGGAGAGGCAGAAGUACUUUGAAGAAGCUUUCCAACAGGACAUGGAUCAGUACCUCUCUACUGGCUACCUGCAGAUCACUGACAGAAGAGGGCCAAUAGGUAGCAUGUCUUCCAUGGAGGUGAACGUCGACGUUCUGGAACAGAUGGACCUGAUGGACGUGUCAGACCACGAGGCCCUCGACGUCUUUCUCAACUCUGGAGGAGAAGACGACAGCCUGACCUCCUCACUCACCUCAGGUCCAGACCCUGAGUCGUUGUCCUCUGAGAUCUCCCUGCGGGUGCCCACCCAGGCGGAACUGAGGAACAAGCCGUCUUCCUUCUCCUCCACGGAGCCAGGCUCAGCCGGCCAGGACACCAGCCAGGCCACCAGCCUGGGGGAGUGCCAGGACACCAGCCAGGACACCAGCCUGGGGGAGUGCCAGGAGGGGGAGGGCAGUGAGGCCAGCGGAGACGGAGACCAGCCCCUGGUACUGCCAGACGAGGAGGAAGUGCAGGCCGACACAGCCCUGGUGUCGUUGCCCGAGGCAGAGAUGUUCAAGAACUCUGACGACAGCGACUCGCAGGCCUCUUAGGAGCCGUCACAGAGCUGCCCCCUGGGUGAGACCGGCUCUAGGCGGUAUAGGGCAGCUCCUAGACGCUGAUCUGGGGGUCCGUUUUGCAUUUUUUCCCCCAAAAACUUUUUUUCUUUUCUGUUUUUUUUAUAAAUGAAAUGUAGCUUCCUUCCUUGUAUCCAAUUCUAAGUAAAUAAUAAUAAAGUUGUUUAAAAUGUU